GGAUCAGAUAACUUUUUUGGCUUUUUUUCCUCUGGGAAAAUUUUUAUCUUAUCUGAUCAUCUUCCGAACAUCGGAUCUCACCGCUUUGGGCUUUUUCUAUCCUAGCGGACACGGCAUGGUUAGGUAUGAGAUGAUCAGUUGAAGGUAUGGAAGUCAGUGGCUUGGUGGAUAAUCGGUCAUGUUUGGAAUCUGUUCUCUCUUGCCUCCGGUGAUGGCCAAGAGGCUUCAAGACAAUACACCACUUAUUCUGGACGGCAUGUCACAGAGGAGAUCCAGCUUGGCUUUGCUGCUGUCCGAGUACGAAUGGCCACUGAUCAUUGGAAGAUUCGGAAUAAUGAAGUCAGAUGGGGCGAUCCAGCAAUUCCAAACUGACGCAACGGCAGACGGAAAUGGCAACUAGAGCUGAUCAAAACAUUCCGAGCUACCCACCUUCCUCAAAUUCCUUCCUCUCUUCCUCGGCAAGAUGGAAGAGAAGCUACCUUGUCUUAGUGGGUCAUAUCAAGAGACAAGGGUUCUUUAGUCCCUUCCACCUUAAGCUUGCGUGCCGGAUCCAUGAUCCAGAAUGCCAUGCUCUUCAGGACCCGGGGACUAAGUGACCAAAGUACCUGCAUGUCACAAUUCUUGUAGGCUAUCAUCUUCAGAUAGGGACAGUCCAACAGAAAUACCAACUCUUCGCUAUCUUUGAGACCCGGGAGUUUGGUUGAGUUCUGCCCGUCUCAUAUAUCUCCUCGCGGAGCCAGUUUUUACAAUGUCUUCUCAAAAUAUUUCACUUCAGCGUCUCCAGCAAACGACACAACAUCUUGCCGGGACUUUAUCACAGAAUUCAGAUUUAAAAGUCUCUCUUGUUCAUGGUGAACUUGACCCACCACUGAGGGAUCUCACGUUAGGAAGUCUUCUUGACGAACAAACUUCUAUCCGAGGAGAUAAAGAAUGUCUUGUUGUAGCACAUACAGAAACGCGAUGGACGUACUCGGAACUUCAGAGGCAGAGCAGAACUCUCGCCAAGGGAAUGUUGGCACUGGGAUUGAAGAGAGGUGAUAGAAUCGGUAUUUUGGCCAGUAAUUGUGAGGAAUAUGUUGCGACUUUCUUUGCUGCGGGGUAUAUCGGGUGUAUUUUGGUGGUGUUGAAUGCGACGUAUACUGCUGAGGAAGCGAUACAUGCAUUACAACAUUCUGGAUGCAAAUUAUUAUUCAUCGAAGAGAAAUACGGACGGCAUUCCAAUGCAGAGCUUCUCAGCCAGCUAAGCGACGACCCAGCCCAAACGCCAGAUCUCAAAACAAUCGCCACGGUUCAUGGAACUUUCGAGGAUUUCAAAACGUACUCAGAUAUUAAGGAUAGUGUCAGCUCCGGAGUUUCAGAUGAGAGUUUCGAUAUUGCUACAGGACUGGUACAUCCUCACGAUGUGUGCAAUCUACAAUACACGAGUGGCUCAACGGGUCAUCCAAAAGCUGCAAUGUUGACGCACCAUAACUUAAUCAACAACGCCCGCUUCAUCGGCCACCGCAUGUCUUUCACCUCCGCUGACGUUCUCUGCUGUCCACCCCCUCUCUUCCACUGCUUCGGCCUCGUCCUCGGCCUCCUCACCUGCCUCACCCACGGCUCAACCAUCAUAAUCCCCUCACCAACCUUCUCCGCCCCCGCAGUCCUCUCCGUCCUCUCCACCGAGAACGUCACAGCUCUCCACGGGGUCCCUGCCAUGUUCGAAGAAUUCCUCUCUCUCCCUCGAGCUGCAUCAUUCUCCUGUCCAAAUCUCCGCACAGGAAUCAUAGCUGGUGCGCCGGUCCCGAAACCACUAAUGGAGAGACUAUUCAAGGAGCUGAAUAUGACGGAAUAUACAUCCAGUUACGGCCUCACGGAAGCGAGUCCGACUUGUUUCAAUGCUACGACAUCAACGAGUAUUGAGCGGAGAUUGAAUAGUGUAGGGAAAGUGAUGCCGCACAUGCAUGCUAAGAUCGUAGGACGAGACGGACAGAUUGUCCCGAUUGGACAGAGAGGAGAGCUAUGUAUGGCGGGAUAUAGUUUGCAGAAGGGAUACUGGCAGAAUGAGGAGAAGACGAGGGAGUGUAUGGUGAAGGAUGAGAGUGGUGUGCUUUGGUUGCACACGGGUGAUGAGGCGGUGUUUGAUAAGGAGGGGUAUUGUACUAUCACGGGGAGGUUUAAGGAUAUUAUUAUUCGAGGAGGCGAAAACAUCUACCCCAUCGAAAUCGAGUCUCGCCUCACCUCCCACCCUUCAGGCCACAUCCUCCGCUCUGCAGUCGUCGGCAUCCCACACCCCAAAUACGGCGAAAUCGUCGUAGCAUUUCUCCUUCCAUCUCAUUUCUCACAUUGGCUCGACCGUCCCACGGACGAAGAAUUGCGUGGCUGGGUGAGGCAGGCGUUGGGAUGGCACAAGGCGCCGGUACAUGUGUUUUGGUUUGGGGAUGAGGAGGUGGGUAUGGAGGAGGUGCCGCAGACGGGGAGUGGGAAAGUGAAAAAGCAUGUUUUACGCAAGGUCGGGGAGGAGAUUGUGAAGGGGUUGAGGGAGAGGGAGAGGGUGGUGCGGGUGGAAGAGAAGAGAGGGGGAAAGAGGGAGGUGGUUAUGGGGGAGAUUGCGGAGGAGGAACAGACUUUUUAGACAAGAAUUUGCGGAUAGAGAGAAUAUAAAUCAGUAGAAUUUGUUGAGAUCAUGUAAAUACUGUCAUGUUUUGUUUCCGUAAGGCUUGAUUCUGAGCUCAUCAGGGUUUGUUUAUAUUUUCGCUUGGCAAAACAAAGAUGCGAUUUCACGGCUGUCAACUGUUCAAAUAACCAUAAUUGACCAUUUUGUAAUGAUAUUUUCGUUCGUCACUUCGGUUGACAUAUUUUUGCUGCAAUCAUACAAAAGCCUAGAGCCUUCCCCCAGAGUAAGCCACGCAACAUUCACACAAUCAGUCGCCCUCCUCACAACCCCAGCAUUUGCUGCGCCGCUCUACUACAGGUCGUCGAUCACAAGUACCGGCCAAGCUUUAAUACUCUCAUCGGCUCCAUGCCAGGAGUUGGCGCCAAGAUGGUGUAGUUUAGGUUUAUUCGAACGUCGCCGUGUCUGAUCAUCCGAUCGUAGCCUCGUUCGGUUGCGCUGCCAACUACCUUCCUUUCCAGCCUACCCAAAGUCCUCGUUCCGCUUUCAUACAAGCCAGCGACAGAUCAUACUGGUUUACCAAAAGCAUAUGUCUUCCAGAUGAGAUGCUCUACCGCAUCCAAAGUGUCGUCUUCGUAGAAAGCAGCGAAGAAGCAGGUGCAUUGGAUUGGCUUUGCGCCUCAGAUUCCGUAGUGCGUAUGGGCAUUGAAGGCGAAGUAGACUUCUGUGAACUGGAAGCUUGAUUUGAAGACUUUUGGGUUGGGAUUGUAGCAUUUGGUGGCUGGAAAAAGUUGGCGACGGACUUGUGAGCCGGAACCUUGCCUGUGAGGAGGGCGUAGGAGAAUAGGUCCAUUUCGUGGGCUUUGUGGGCUUGUUGUUUUGGGGGCUGGUGAGUGCGGGAAAUAUGGUCAAUGGUGUACAAGAAGUAGAUAUGUCAGUUAAGAUUAGUUUGUGAAUCAAAAAUAUUUAGAAGUCGUUUACUUGAAUAGGUGAUGGAAAGAGAGGCGAGUAACAAACUUCGCAGAUGAGACUAUUAUUUUGUUGUCAUGCUGCAGAAAUCUGCCUUCAGGUUUUGCUCACGAGGUAUCGUCGCUCGCAGCUAUUCUGCAUCUCAAAGCGGGGUCGCACACUUGCCCCCUGCACCUCAUAAUGUGCAAAGAGAAGGUUUCUGGUAUGAUGUGUGCAGAUCGCCUCGCAUGAACCUCCCAAUUGACCUGAACCCAAUGCUACUCGCUGGAUUCCAUAUCCAGAUAACUUUCCGUUCCAUGCGAGCAGUAGCCGCUGCAAGCUUUCGUCACAGUAGCAUUUCAAG